AUGGUCGCAAUCACAGGGAGGGACAGACAGCCUGAUACUGCACAUGUGGAAAUCGACCCUGUAGAUGAGAAUACAGCUCUCCUAGGGUCCAGCAAGAUCAGGUAUGCCGAUGUGUCCGCACAAGACGCUCUGGACAGUUCGUCAGGGUCGGAUGACAUCGACGAGGAGAAUAAACCCUUACCCAAGUUCCAAAUCCUGCUGCUCUGCUAUGCACGCGCCGUCGAACCCUUGGCCUUCUUCUCCAUUUUCCCCUAUGUCAGCCAGAUGGUACAGGACAAUGGGGGCGUGGCAGACUCGGACAUCGGCUUCUACAGCGGACUCAUCGAGUCAAUGUUCUCGCUAACGCAGGCCGUUGUCAUGAUAUUCUGGGGCCGAGCAGCCGACCGCCUCGGCCGCAAGCCCGUCCUGGUUUCCUCCUUGUUCGGCGUGGCCGUGGCGACCGGCCUCUUUGGCCUGGCAAAGACCAUACCACAAAUGAUCUUAUUCAGGUGUAUUGCUGGCAUCUUUUCUGGGACAAUCGUCACCAUCCGUACUAUGGUGGCCGAGCACAGCACAUCCAAUACCCAGGCCCGGGCGUUCAGCUGGUUUGCUUUCAGCGGGAACUUGGGUCUUUUCCUGGGCCCUUUAUUGGGUGGAGCACUUGCUGACCCAGGGAAACAGUACCCUGGUGUUUUCGGCACUGUCGGCUUCUUCGAGAAAUUUCCCUACGCGCUCUCGAGUUUGGUGGUCGCGUUUAUCGGAGCCACCGCUGCCGUUUCUAGCGCCUGCUUUGUUGAAGAGACGUUGGAGAAGGAGCCGGCGGUGGUGGACAAUGAUGGAGAGGAGGCGGCAUCCAAUGCGCCGACCCAGAGUGGUGAUCUAUCCACGUGGCAGCUUCUCAAGUCGCCAGGGGUUGGUAUGGUCCUUUACACGUACGGGCAUCUCAUGGUUCUCGCCUUCGCUUACACCGCCAUCAUUCCCGUCUUUUGGUUCACGCACGUGAGCCUCGGAGGGUAUGACUUUACCCCUCGGCAAAUCUCUUUAAUGAUGGGUCUGAAUGGUGCCGCACAAGCCACAUGGCUCCUCCUGGUGUUUCCCCCAUUGCAGAGGAGGAUAGGAUCGAAUGGAGUGAUACGUCUGUGCGCUUCUGUUUAUCCGUUCUUCUUUUUAUCCUGCCCUCUUGGCAAUGUCCUUUUGCGGAUGGGCACAGACAAAUCCGUCAAGGCCUUUUGGAUUAUUCUGCCAAUCACGCUGGUGAUGGGCUGUGGAGUUAGCAUGAGCUUCACGGCUAUUCAGCUCAUCCUGAACGACGUCGCGCCCUCGCCGAGGGUACUGGGCACGCUGAAUGCGCUAGCCAUGACUGGCAUUGGCGCGCUGAGAGCCUUCACCCCGGCUCUGUUCACCAGCCUUUUUGCCCUUGGAGCGAGGACACAGCUGGCUGGGGGUCAUGCCAUCUGGAUACUCAUGUUCAUACUUGCCUCGGGUUUAUCGGUUACAACAAAAUAUCUCCCAGAGCCCAAGCCCCCCGUUAAGCGCCAGAACAGCCAAGCGAGGUGA